AUGGUUGAUUUAGACAAGCAUAAUGUGGUACCAUACUUUACAUCACUGGGGAUGUUCAUCAUAGAUGAGAUCAGUUUCCCCACGUUCAAAAUUGACGGAAUAUUAGGCGGCGGUGGUACCUUUGCUAUAUGCGGAUCUCGAAUGGUUUUGAAGCAUUUUGAAUCUAAGAAAUCGGCAUGGAUUGUUGAUAUCGGAAAUGACUGUCCCAAUGAGAUUUUGGAAGAGCUUAAAUCAUGGGACAGCGGAACAAUAUUCAGAUAUGAUUACACCAGAAAAUGUACGAGAGGUUGGAAUGGAUAUGGAGAAAAUGAAUUUAGAAGUUUUAAAUAUCUUACUCCCAAGAAAAGAAUCACAGUUGAUGAUCUGAAAGAGUAUCCUUGGAUGUUAGAGAGUAACUCGUUUCAUUUCGUAUGCUCUCCAAAACGGUGUGUAGAUUUAUUACGUGAGUUUAGUGAAUUGUCCUCCACAAAAAUUGCUAAUCCCGAUCCAGUCAUUGCGUGGGAACCAAUACCAGAUUGUUGCACUCCGGAGUUUUUACCUGAAACCUUGAGCAUUCUCAACCGAGUAGAUAUCCUCACCCCAAAUGCUGCAGAAUGUGCUAGCUUUUUUGGCGAAUUGGAGCCUCAGGAUAAACAGAACUGUGAAAGAAUUGCAAGAAAGUUUCUUGACUACAUGACUAAAACUAAUAGUGGGAUUGUUUUGAGGUGUGGAAGCUUGGGGAGUCUGUUAAUUGAAUCAAAGCACAAGUUCAUCAAAUGGUUCCCACCAUACCAUCACAAAACAAGCGACUCAAGUAACAAAGUGAUAGAUCCAACCGGUUGCGGUAAUACAUUUGUUGGAGCUUUAGCAACUGCUUUCAUUAAAUUCAAUAGAAACUUUGAAGUGGCCUGUGUAUAUGCUACAAUUGCAAGCGGGGCUUGUAUUGAGCAACAUGGGUUACCAAAGCUAACAAAAUCAGACACAAACGAAGAAUUGUGGAAUGGAAUUAGUGUAGACGAGCGUUUGAAGAAUUAUAAGAAUAAAUUUCCCUAA